CCGGCGGGGAGACCGGCGGGGAGACCGGCCGCUAGCGCGCGCACAGACCCCUACCUCGUGUGGCUCAUGGACUCUGGGCGCUCCCGCUCCCACUUCCAGUCGGACCUGGACUUCUGUCCGGACUGCGGCUCCAUCCUGCCCCUGCCCGGGGUUGAGGACACGGUCACCUGUAUCCGCUGUGGCUUUUCCGUCGACGUGCGAGACUUCGAGCAGAAGGUGGUUAGGACCACGUUUGUGUUCCACAAGGUGGGGACGGCGGUGCCCGUGGCGGCGGACGAGGGGCCUGAGUUCCAGGGGCCCGUGGUGGACCGGCGCUGCUCGCGAUGCGGCCACGAGGGAAUGGCCUACCACACCCGGCAGAUGCGCUCAGCCGACGAAGGGCAGACCGUCUUCUACACCUGCACCAGCUGCAGGUUUCAGGAGAAAGAAGACUCUUGAUUUUUUUU